CGAGCGCCAAGGUGGAGAAGGACGUCAAGCAGCUGCAGAUCGGCGUCAAGUUCAAGCCCGAAACUUGCAACACCAAGGCGCGCAACCUCGACACGGUCCGCGUGCACUACAAGGGCAUGCUGGUGGACGGCAGCGUGUUUGACUCGAGCUACGAGCGCGGCGACCCGCUGCAGUUCCGCCUGGGGCAGGGCAACGUGAUCAAGGGGUGGGACAUUGGCAUUCUAGGCAUGUGUGUGGGCGAGAAGCGCAAGCUCAAGAUCCCCGCACACAUGGGCUACGGCGAGUCGGGCUCGCCACCCAAGAUUCCCGGCGGGGCAACACUCAUCUUUGAGACGGAGCUGGUGGAGAUCGUGGGGGCCAAGCCAGAUGACGAGGAGCUCUGA